CCGCAUACUCACGGCAUACCAAGACACCACACCUUCUCUAAACCCUAACAUUUACGCUUAACGCGUAGCAGCCAUCUCUCUCUCUCUCUCUCUCAGGCUCUCUCUCUUUCUGCUUUUCUCUCUUUCUCUGUUAAGCUUCAUAUACUCAUUUAAAACAGAUGAUGAGAAAGAACAGAUCAAGUUGUACAGCAUAGCUGAGAACAGCCCACGGAGGGGUCACAGAAGAAAGAAAGAGAGAGCAUAAAAUUUAAAUAUCCUUUGGAGAUCUGCAGGAGGAGAGAGAAAGCCGCCUUCUUGCCCGGCGAGCUCGAAUACAAAUCGAAUCUUGGGGGCAGAAAGACAUGAGAGCAGGGCUGAGCACAAUUCAGCAGACACUGACGCCGGAGGCCUCGGCGGUUCUCAAUCGAGCAAUCGCCGAAGCUGCUCGCCGGCGCCACGGGCAGACGACGCCGCUUCAUGUCGCCGCUGCCCUCCUUUCGUCCCCUUCGGGCCAUCUCCGGCAAGCGUGCAUCCGCUCUCAUCCAAAUCCCUCUUCUUCGCAUCCCCUUCAGUGCCGUGCCCUCGAGCUCUGCUUCUCCGUCGCCCUCGACCGCCUCCCCUCCGCCUCCACCGUAGCCACCCCCUCGCCGGAUGAUUCCCCAACUCCCCCGCCGCCGCCAAUCUCUAACGCUCUUAUGGCCGCCCUCAAACGCGCCCAAGCACACCAGCGCCGCGGCUGCCCUGAAUCCCAGCAGCAACCGCUCCUCGCCGUCAAGGUCGAGCUCGAACACCUCCUCCUUUCAAUCCUCGACGACCCCUCCGUAAGCCGUGUCAUGCGCGAGGCCUCCUUCUCCUCCCCAGCCGUCAAAGCAUCCAUUGAAAACUCCCUUUCCUCCUCCCCUUCCCCUUCUCCUUCCCCUUCCCCUGCUCGCAACCUUUACCUCAGCCCCCGCCUAGUCGGUGCCGCUGCUCCCCCCGCCGUGAUCGCCCCUUCGGUCCCCAACGGCGGUGGCGGCGGCGACGUCGCGAAGGUCUUCGACAUACUCACGCGCACCAAGAAGCGCAACCCGAUCCUCGUCGGUGACGCGGACCCCGGCGCUGUGAUGAGAGAAGUGAUCGGAAAGAUUGGUACAGGGGAUGGUCCGGUUGGUUUUCGGUCCGUCGCUGUCAUCUCCACUGAGAAGGAGCUCGUUUUCUCCUCAUCGGAUCGAACUGAAAUUCCUUCCAAGAUCAGGGAACUGAAUCCGAUGAUCGACUCGCGGCUUGCCGCUGGAGGAGCUAGCACUGGGAUUAUUCUCGAUCUAGGAGACCUCAAAUGGUUGGUUGAAGGCGCAAGUCAACAGCAGAGCAUGACCGAUGUGGGCCGCUCGGCCGUGGCCGAAAUUAGCGGGCUCCUCGUCCGAUUUGGCGGCAGAUUGUCAUUAGUCGGCACGGCGACGUGCGCAACUUACCUCCGAUGCCAAGUUUAUUUCCCAAUGAUGGAGAGUGAUUGGGAUCUGCAGGCAGUACCCAUCGCCCCAAGAUCAGCUCCUUUCUCUGGCUUGGCCCCGAGGGUUGGAAGUAAUGUGAUACUAAGCAGCAAAAUUGAAUCUUUCGGCACGCCGAGAGGUUUUCCCGCGUUGGGUGUCUCCGGAAUGACGCUGAGAAAGCCAUCGGAGAGCCUCGACGCCUUCUGUAAGAAUUCCCUAUGCAAUCUCUGCAAGGAAAGCUACGAGCGCGAGGUAGCUAAACUUGGAGAGGAUGAAUCCGAGAAAUCUGCCGAAGGCACACAGAAUGCACGGAAAUCUCUGCCCCGCUGGCUUCAGAUUGCAACCACGCCAUCCCCUAAUCUCCAGAACAAGGAACAAGAGCUGAUGAAAAAAUGGCGCGAUAACUGCUUCCGACUCCACCGCAACUCCUUGCCGGUUGCAUCCAAACCUCCAAUUACUGGUUUUCCAUCAACGAAGCCCAUCCCAAUCAACCCGACCCAACUCAAACUCACCCUUCAAACAACCACCGUCCAUACCAUGCCGGAAAGGCCGCCAAGCCCCGCUGCAACAGCAAUCAAGACCGACCUCGCCCUCGGCCCUGUUCAAAAGCCUGCUGCAACCAAAUUCACUGGUGACGCGACGUCUAUUAAAAGGCUUGUCAACGGCUUAUUAGAUAAAGUUAGCUGGCAAGCAGAGGCGGCCUCCGCAGUCGCCGCCGCGGUGAUACAAUCCAACUCCGGUAUCGGCAAGAGGCGUAACGGUAGCCAAAAAGCCGACACCUGGCUCCUAUUCGCCGGUCCAGAUCGGGUUGGUAAGCACAAAAUGGCAGUUGCUUUAUCUGAAUUAGUGUUCGGCGCCACACCACUCAUCAUCCGGCUGGGAUUGCCGGAGGCGGCCGCUGGAGACGAGCCUGAAGAGUACAACGUCAGUUUCCGUGGGCGGACUUCUAUUGAUAGAGUGGCAGAGGCCCUUCGUGUUAAUCCGUUCUCUACUAUCUUCUUUGAGGACUUUGAUCAAACAGAUUCCGCGCUUCGGGGUACCAUCAGGAGGGCGAUGGAAAGGGGCCGGCUUGUGGAUUCCCGUGGUAGGGAAGUCGGGUUGGGGAACGCAAUCUUUAUCCUCACCGCUGGAUGGUUGCCGGAAGAGCUUGGGAAUUCGAAUGAGGAGCUCCGGCGAUCGGAAGAGAAGAUCACCAAGCUGGCAACCUCAGGUCGUCAGCUGCAGUUCCAGCUUGAAGAGAAGACCAACAAGCGUCGCAGUCAGUGGCUCUUCAAUGAUGAAAGGCUCAUUAAGCCGAGGAAGGAUUCUUUAUCGCUAGACUUGAAUCUUGCCGCCAGUGCCGGCGCCGGCAAUGAGGAAGCCUGCGAGGGCUCCUUGAACUCUAGUGAUCUCACGGUAGAGCACGGGCUAGAGCAUGGACAUGGCCGUCUUGUGAUGCAGAGCUUGGCGACACCGAUACUUACGUCAUCAUGGACAUCAGACCUAAUCGAAUUGAUCGACUCCACCAUAGUGUUCAAACCCAUGGACUUCACGCCGCUUCGAACCAAAGUUUCAGAUUCAGUAUCAGCGAAAUUUACACAAAUCAUGGGGGAAGGAUGGUCGAUCGCAAUUGAUGACGAUGCGCUCGAUCAAAUGACCGGCGGAGUCUGGUUGGGAGGUGAUGCAUCCAACCUGUUCGACGAAUGGACUGACCGAGUUCUCGCACCUGCAGUCGAGCAGUUAAAAGGUCAUCCGAAGGUUGACGAAGGAGUAAUCGUGCGACUAUCGUCGGUGAAGAGUGGAGUGCAGUUGCAUAAAAGUUACUUGCCGGCGUCUGUGAAAUUAGCCGUUGGCGACCGUUGAAGAACAAAUUUGCCAAAAAAGGAUCUUCGUUCCUGGAUAGAUUUGUAAAUAUAGGAAGAGGAUGACGGUUAAGGAGAAUCUCAGGAGCCCUUUUGAGAUUACAAAUGGUGAUUUUGAAGCCAAAUAUAGUUCUACUGUUAUUGAAAUAUGAAAAUAUUAAUUUGUUUUUAAUACUCUCUGGUAUAUACGUAAUUUUGUUCAAUACUUUUAUUCCCUUAAUGAUUUAAAUUAAGGGAUGUGAUGGCUGAGAAUAAAAGGACAAGAUGUCUAAUUUUUUUUUACGAGGAAUGAACUUUUAACCUUUUGUA